GUGGGAGUGCCGCACCCUGCGAGCCGGUUGGCUGGCCUGGCACUAAGCAGACUGGGUAGAGCCCUGGUCUCAGGGAUUAGGGGUGGGUCUUUGUGUGUGUGUGCAUGAUGAACUGUGCAGCCUCAGUGCAGGAGGCCUUGUAGUGUUGUCACCUUAACCCAGGAGGGAUCCAGACAGAUCAGCAGCGACUCCAGAUUAACCCAUUUUUCUGACUCACCCUCAGAUGAUAUAGGCCCGUCUACGUCAAUCCUUCUGCAAUGGUUGUUCCUGAAUCUCGGGACAAGAUGUACUACCCCUCUGGUGACCUGCAGAGGGAUGCUCAUGUGCCUGAUUUAGACUCUUAUCUGGAACUGUACAGGAAGUCUCUUGAGAAUCCAGAAGUUUUCUGGCAAGAGGUCGCCGAUGAGUUCUUUUGGAAGAAGCCAGCAACAGGGCCAAUGCUGCAGUACAACUUCGACGUGACCAAAGGGAACAUAUAUGUCAAAUGCAUGGAAGGGGCCAAAACCAACAUAUGCUAUAACGUCCUGGACAGGCAUGUGAGGGAGAGGAGCCUCGGUGAAAAGGUUGCCUAUUACUGGGAGGGAAACUCACCGGACCAACACAUGACCAUCACCUACUCCCAGCUGCUGAGCCACGUCUGCCGCUGCGCCAAUGUCCUCAGGCAAAUGGGUGUGAAAAAGGGCGACAGGGUGUCCAUCUACCUUCCCAUGAUCCCAGAGCUCGUCUACACUAUGCUGGCCUGCGCCAGGAUAGGCGCCGUUCACUCCAUUGUGUUUGCAGGUUUCUCCUCAGAGUCUCUGUGCGAGAGGAUCAUCGACACCCAGAGCAGCGUCCUGGUGACAGCAGAUGGUGUUUACAGAGGAGAGAAGCUGAUCAACCUGAAACAGAUUGUGGACGAGGCUCUGGAGAAGUGCAGGGAAAAAGCGUCGUCCAGCGUCACCAAGUGCCUCGUCGUCAAGCAUCCCGCGCUGAGGACAAAGAGUGGAGCUGCAUGCAACAAACUACAGACCCCCUGGGACUCGGAGUGUGAUGUGUGGUGGGACGAGGCGAUGAGGGGCUCGCCCGAGGAGUGUGAACCCGAGUGGCUGGACGCCGAGGACCCGCUGUUCAUCCUCUACACCAGCGGCUCCACGGGCAAACCCAAAGGUGUCCUCCACACUGUCGCUGGGUACAUGCUCUACACGUCGCUGACCUUCAAGUACGUUUUUGACCAUCACCAUGGCGACGUGUACUGGUGCACGGCCGACAUCGGCUGGAUUACCGGCCACUCCUACAUCACCUACGGCCCCCUUGCGAACGGCGCCACGAGUGUUCUAUUUGAAGGUGUCCCUGUCCACCCGCACGUCGGCCGGUUCUGGGAGAUAAUUGAGAAGUACAAAGUGACCAAGUUCUACACGGCUCCCACGGCCAUCCGCCUGCUGAUGAAGUACGGACGCGAGCCGCUGCAGAAGUACGACCUGUCCAGCCUGAGGAUUGUGGGCACGGUGGGGGAGCCGAUCAACCCCGAGGCCUGGCAGUGGUACCACGAGGCGGUCGGUCAGGGCCGGUGUCCCGUGGUCGACACGUUCUGGCAGACAGAGACGGGAGGUCAUGUUUUGACGCCUCUUCCUGCUGCCACGCCGCUGAAGCCUGGUUCUGCUACCUUUCCUUUCUUCGGGGUGGAGCCGGCCAUCCUCAACGAACACGGAGAGGAGCUGGAAGGUGAGGCCGAGGGUUAUCUGGUGUUCAGGAGGCCCUGGCCUGGAAUCAUGCGCACUCUGUACGAAAACCACGAGCGCUUCGAAAACACCUACUUCAAGAAAUUCCCAGGCUUCUACGUGACCGGCGAUGGCUGCAGGCGGGAUAGAGACGGCUACUACUGGAUCACGGGCAGAAUCGACGACAUGCUGAACGUGUCAGGACACCUGAUGAGCACGGCGGAGGUGGAGGCGGCGCUGACGGAGCACCCGGCCGUGGCCGAGGCCGCGGUGGUGAGUCGGCCGCACGAGGUGAAGGGCGAGUGUCUCUACUGCUUCGUCAGCCUCAAAGACUGCGGGGAGUUCAACCGCGCGGUGGUGGAGGAGCUCAAGGGACUGGUGAGAGAGAAAAUUGGUCCGAUCGCCACGCCGGACUUCAUCCAGAACGCCCCGGCGCUGCCGAAAACUCGCUCAGGCAAGAUCAUGAGGCGCAUCCUCCGGCAGAUCGCCCGCAACGACAAAGACCUGGGCGACCUCUCCACCCUGGCCGACCCGAAGGUGGUGGAGGUGCUGUUCAGCCAGAGGUGUGCAGCUGCGUCCUGAACCAACACACCUCCACCCCUCUCUCUCUCUCUCUCUCUCUCUCUCUGUGUCUGUCUCUCUCUCUCUCUCUCUCUCUCUCUCUCUCUGUGUCUGUCUCUCUCUCUCUCUCUCUCUCUCUCUCUCUCUCUCUCUCUCUCUCUCUCUUCUAACUAUGCAACUGUACCGAUGGAGACGAACUUCAGCAGCCAGGUGUUUGUCUGUGUGAACUCUGGCCGGGAUCAGAAAAGGAAAAACUGCCGACAGUGAGAUGUUAAUAAAAAAACAACAACAAUAUCUUGUUUUAUUUGUUGUCGGUUUGUUGUUUGGGCCAAAAAUAUCAAACAAACCAGACGCAGAGUUGAAUAUCUUUUGCACAUAUUUUCUAUCUUGUUGUUUUAUGGCUCACAUCGCGGGAGGGUGACGCCAAUCUUUCUUCUCUCUCUCUUUUUUUGAUCGUGAAAUAGAAAAAGUCAGCUCUGCACAACCUGACUGACGACUGAUGUAUAUUGUUUGCCAAUCUGUGACCCGAUAAUAAAAUGUUGAAUCCA